UUCUUCCUUUCCUCAUUCGCAGUGCGAGACUGACUUCGUUCUCGUCCAUCGUCGUCGUCGUCGUCCCCAUACCGAGCGGGGUUGGCAUCCUUGCUUCCCCGCCGCGUUGCCCCACAUCGUUUUCCUUCGCCCGUUUCCCUCCCCCUGAUGAGCCCGCCCCUGCUUCACGCCCCGCCGCCUUGGCUUCGCCUUCUGGUCGCUUCCCUAGCCUCCAUCUCCAGGCUCUCUUCAACGCUGAAGCAGACAGACAUCUCUCACUUGUCCUGGUCCCUUUGCAGUGCGAUGGUGCGGUCUCGGCUGUAGUUUGGAUGCCAGCACUUUCGUUUCUCUUCUAUCGCGUCUAUGAUCUGUGGGGGGGGCGUUGAUUGUUUCGUAGUGUGGGGUGGUUCAUCGGGUAUGUUAAUCGCCCGUGGUCGCUGCGGUGGGCUCUGUUUUGUACACAACUUGGGGUGCGGCUGAGGAGGUGGUGCGAGAUCGGGGGCGGAUUGAUGAGCGGAGUGUGCUUUGGAGGUGCAUUGAGCGAGCGUUACGAGGGGUGAUCUUGUAUCCGAUGAUGGUUAGUAACACGGGAGGGGAGUACCGACCACUUUGAGUGUCCCUUAGAAAAUUCACGACCUUUGAAGGUUCGAAAUUAUGGAGCAAGAUGAUGAGGAGUUCGAGCAGCUCCUGCACGAAAUUCCUCAAGCCACGUCGCCAGAUACGCCGAAUGAGAUCCCACGGGCCACCUCGGCACCACCUCAUUUGGAAGAGCUGCAGCGCGUGUACGGACAGAACGUUGAUGCACGUGAUUUUGGGUUGCAGCCAGACGAGGUCCCUGUAAAGCCCUUCAUUGACAUUCGAUGUGACGAACAGUAUGAAGAUUUCUAUAAGUCCUACUCCGGGGCUAAGAAACUACCUCCUCCGAUGGACAAUCGAGCUCUAUACAACGACUUUCCUGUUCUUUCUCCAAAGGCUAGCCAGCUCUCUUACAGCCUUGCUGGACUUCAACUGGACAGUCCCCGCACCAGACAUCGUAAGCACCGGCAGCUUGAAGCACAGCACAAGCAGCAGCAGGUUCAGCAGCAGCAGAUGUUUCAACAGCGGGAGCCUUCACCUAAUCACCAUACCGCUGCUGCCCACCACUUCCCGAAUUCUUCUUCAAACCAGAUGUUUGGUGAACCGAAGAUGACCUCUGCAUUUGGAAACUUGAAUUUCGAUGGUAGCAGCGGUAGGGGAUUGCAAACGACCUCCGACGAGACAGGAGAUGGCCUGACCUUGAGUCAUGGUGCAAAUGGUGGGAACAUUUCGAACAGCCAAGGCCCUGUGGAGUCCAAUGGUAUGUAUGGUAACAUGGAUGCCUUCGGUGGUGUAGGGACGGUGGGUUACGGUGCAGGAUCCGGAGCUUCACUGGAGACCUUUACCUCUAGAUCACCUCCUCCUAUUGAUCUGUUUCCUAGAACCUCUUCUGCCGUAGAGGCGCUUGGUAACGGAUUGUACAACGGAAUAAGCGACUUUUCGCAGGUCUCCUCUCAAGCCGUUGAGAAGCUGUUGAGGCAGGGUUCACCAGGUUUGAAUAGCUACUCAGCGCCUAGAGGUGGAGAGGCUUAUGGAUCCGCUGUUGCAUCUUCCUAUGAACAACAGCAGCAAUCAGAAGUCUUGGAAGCUGUACAUGCUGCAGCACGUGGUCAAUCUGCUUCUACACCUGGUACGGACUUCUACUCACCUUCAUCGCAGCAACAAAUUUUGUACGACAAGGAUAUUUCUUCCUUGUAUGAGGCCCAGCGCCUUCAGGCUCAAAUGGCGGCUAUUAGGUAUGCACAAGCUCAAGCGCAAAUGGAAGAUGAGAAAAGGAAGCAACAGCAGCGCUUGAUCAUCCAACAGCAUCAGCAACAGAUAGUUGAUCGCCAGAAUCAGAUUCUUUUGGCGAGUCUGCAAGCCCAGCAGACUACCGGCCCGUAUGGUAGGGGGGGUAUUGCCCCCACAAUGAGCUCUAUUCAUAAUCAAGUUGCUUUACAGAAGCUGCGUCAGCAGCAAAUGUUAGAAGGUCUUUGGGCUGUUCAGGGGUUGGUGCCAACGGAAAGUUCUCGAACCACUACAGCCACUAGUAUAUGCAGGUAUUAUAAUCAGGGUUACUGUAGCCGGGGUGAAAUGUGUCCAUUUCUUCAUGCUCCAUCCGGAGGUAGUACUAGAGUAGGUCACGGAGCUUCUGCAUCCCUGAAAGAGGGUGCUCGAAGUGGGCAGCUUGCGGCAGUGUCUCGGGACGAACGAUUGCCUGCAUAUCCAGAGAAAAUACUCCAAAGACGAAGUGCUCGUGCAAGCAAUGGAGGGGUUGCAGUAGUUUCUGUGUCCACUGGAUUGCGACGGAAAGGAGAUGGAUUGUCCAAUGGGCACGCAAAUGGUUACAGCAACGGACACAUUGCUUUGGGUGGCGCAGCCCAACUACCCUCUCCAUUUAUUGGAGAUUCGCAGGCGCAUCGGGCAAUCCAAGAAAAUUUAGAGUUUGAUUCAAGACUGUCGGUUGCUCAUCAUUUGCAGCAGCAGCAACCGAAGUAUACCAAGCUCGAUGAGGUUGAGGGCCGUAUCUAUUUGAUUGCCAAAGAUCAGCACGGCUGUAGGUUUUUACAGAAGAAGUUUGACGAGGGAGGACCUGAAGAUGUCCAGAAAAUAUUUUAUGAGAUAAUUGGUCACAUCACAGAGCUGAUGAAAGAUCCAUUCGGGAAUUAUCUGGUACAAAAAUUACUAGAGGUGUGUGACGAAUCACAGCGGAUGGAAAUUCUGCGUGUGGUGACCACGGAUGGAGAGCUGGUUAAGAUAUCCCUGAACAUGCAUGGAACUCGAGCUGUGCAGAAGCUGAUUGAGACAUUGAAGUCUCCCGACCAGGUGACUAUGGUGAUAACAGCCUUAACCGAAGGAGUUGUUGAGUUGAUCAAAGAUUUAAACGGAAAUCAUGUGGUGCAGAGAUGCUUGCAAAAGCUCAGUCACGAAGACAGCCAGUUCAUCUUUGACGCGGCUGCUGCACAUUGCGUGGAGAUCGCGACCCACCGCCAUGGGUGCUGCGUGAUGCAGCGAUGCGUAGAUUUUGCUUCAGCUCCUCAGAAACAACGCCUUGUUGCAGUUAUUGCUGCAAAUGCUCUCACUCUUUCACAAGAUCCUUACGGGAACUACGUUGUGCAGUACAUCCUUGACCUGAAACAAGGAUGGGCGACCUCAGAGGUAAUGCUUAGGCUGGAAGGCAGCUAUGCCUUUUUGGCCAUGCAAAAGUUUUCCAGUAACGUGGUUGAAAAGUGCCUAAAAUUGGGUGUGGAGGAACACCGUGGUCGUCUGGUCCGGGAGCUGACAGCCAGUUCUCGACUCGGCCAGUUGCUUCAGGAUCAAUACGCCAACUAUGUUAUUCAGUCCGCCCUGUCUGUGUGCAAGGGACCUUUGCAUGCUGGUUUGGUGGAUGCCAUACGGCCAUAUUUGCCAGCCCUUCGUAACAGUCCUUAUGGUAAGCGGAUUUUGUCACGCACGAAUAUCAAAAAGUGAUGAGUCAGCAUCGAUUGGGAGACUCACUGAGGGCUCGGUGGCUACUUUCUGUACACUUCAAUCCCUUUGAGCCUUGUCAAGAAUGUGCUCAGUGGAGUAAAUACACUCUGCAAGGUUUAUUAUGUGGUGGGACCAUAACCAGUCUUUAUAAAUAGCUCUGGUUUUGAUGCACACACAAGAGGUAUACAUUUGAUAUUGCAUCAUGUGUGCAGUCAUCAACCAUUUAGUAUCUUUAUAACGGAUGUACAAAAAAAAUAUGGCGGUCAAUAGUUGCAGGGUAAAGUUUUGGAAGGGGCUCUACUGUCUGGCGAACUGUAUUUUGGGUGAGAUUACGAGGAGGAGCAGCUCUCAGUCGUGUACAACAGAGCCCUGCGAACAAAAUGAUGGUGCUGGCUACCGCAGUCAUGCAGUUGCUUUCAGGUUAGUACUAGUGUCAAUCGACUCCAGAGAAGCUGUUGCGACUGAUACAGGAUCACCAUCCCCACUCAGUUUAAGGGUAGAGGGUAUGUAUGACUAAUAAGAGGGCACCCAAGGUGUGGGACAGCAACUAUAGCCAGGUUGUAUUAAAUGCCAAUUUUCUGCUGGCCGUGGUGGAGGGAAAGAAUGUAUUUUUUCUGGUGAUAGACAUUGUGCCGGAGGUAUAUGUACCUUAUGUGUGCCGCCUUGCACUGUUGUACCGUAAACACUCACACUUUGUAAUAAUAUGACAUUGCCAUUAUCUAGCGUA